GGAGGUGUUUGCAUCUGUCCCGGUAACCAGGAAGCAGCACCAGGAAACUGGCGUGUAUCGGGCGAGCGGGGCUUCUUGGCUGACCGAGAUGGAGGGAGGAGGAAGCGGCGGCGCCGGCGGCCGCCUCGCGUGUAAAAAUCACAGCCAUGAUCUCCUUGGUCAUCAUGGCCACAGCUGGCCUGACAUUGAGGAAUAUAAAGAUGGACCCAAAGAGCGAGAUCAUCUUCCUUUCAUGGAGGACCACAGCAACUUUGAUAUUGUCAAAGCAACCCAAUAUGGCCUUUUGGAACGGUGCCAGGAGUUGGUAGAAGCAGGAUAUGAUGUAAGACAACCGGACAAAGAAAAUGUAACUCUUCUUCACUGGGCAGCAAUCAAUAAUCGACUGGAACUUGUAAAGUAUUUUAUUUCUAAAGGUGCAGUAGUAGACCAACUAGGAGGAGAUUUAAAUUCAACUCCACUUCAAUGGGCUGUUAGACAAGGACAUUUAUCUAUGGUUAUAUUGUUAUUAAAACUUGGAGCAGAUCCAGCUCUCAUUGACGGUGAAGGAUACAGCAGCCUGCAUUUGGCUGUGCUUUUUCAGCACAUGCCCAUCAUAGCUUACCUCAUAUCAAAUGGUCAGAGUGUAGAUACAACUGAUCACAGUGGACAAACCCCGCUUAUGCUAGCAGCCUAUAAAGUACUUGGGCUGGAACCUACUCGUUUUUUAUUAAAGUUUAAUCCUUCUCUGAAUACUGUAGACAGCAUAGAAAAAAACACUGCAUUGCAUUGCGCCAUUGCAGCAGGAAAUGUUAGUGCUGUGGAUCUACUUCUAGAAGCUGGAUCCAGUUUGGACAUCAAAAAUGGCAAGGGAGACAGACCACUUGACCUUGCUCAUCAAACUCAGCAUCGCUUAAUUAUUCAUCUGAUAACGGAAGAGGAAAGAAUGAGAGCCAGAAAAAAUUCCAGGUUUCUGAGAAUACUGGGAAGAAAUGAGUUCAUGCUUUUGCUGGUGACGGCAUUGAUAUUGAUGUGGGCUAUAGGAUAUAUAGCGGACUUAAAUUCUGAUUCUUGGCUUUUGAAAGGAAGCUUGCUGCUUUUCAUAUGUGUUAUCAUCUCCCUGUUUGCAAGGCAGUUUGUAGGGUUCAACAAACUGAAAUAUUUUCCAGUAGCAUUUUUGCUUGGCUCUGUCUUCUGGAUAUCUGUGACCUGUUUCAUCUGGUUCCUGCCUGAUUUUUCAGGCGCAGUUUCUCAGUUUCCCUUCUUUCUCGGUAUGGUGGGUCUUCUCUAUUAUUUCUACAAAGUGUUUAGAACUGAUCCUGGAUAUAUUAAGACCACAGAAGAAGAGAGAAAAAAGAAUAUUAUAAACCUUGCAGAAUCUGGCUCCUUGGAUUUCAGAACAUUUUGUACAUCCUGUCUUGUGAAAAAACCUUUGAGAUCCAUGCAUUGCCACAAUUGCAAUUUGUGUGUAGCUAAAUACGACCAACAUUGUAUUUGGAUUGGGCACUGUAUAGGUGUUGGCAACCAUUGUUAUUUUGUCCUGUUUCUCCUUUUCCUGACAAUGGUGAAUAUCUGGACUUUAUAUGGCACAAUUUUAUAUUGGUCAGAACACUGUAUGGUAACAUACCAGAAAGAUGGAGCAUGGACAUCCUUCACCCAGAUAGUAUCUUGUUCUCCAUGGGUCUCAUACAUUUUCACACUUGUAUCUUUUCAUACUUCGUGGGCUUCGGUGCUGUUAAUCCUUCAGCUCUAUCAGAUUGCAUUCCUUGGAUUGACUUCACAUGAAAGGAUUACCCUCUGGAGGCAGAGGAAACAUUCAAAGCAUCCUGUUUCACUCAGGAAAACUCCAUAUAAUCACGGAUGCCUGCAGAACCUAGCAGAUUUCUUUCAGUGCAGAUGUUUUGGAAUGUUGAAGCCCAAUGUAGUCGACUGGACUAAGCAGUAUACACUAACAUUUCAUUCAGUGAAAAAUAAAAACAUUCAUCCUGUGUGAAGAAAACCUGCACCAAACCCUUUCAGAUGGAAGCAUAAACAAAAUUGAAUUUGGCAUAUUGUAUGGUUUGUUUUGAAACAGCCUUUAUUGCAUUAUUACUAUAUGGGGGGAGAGGGGUGAAGUUUGCAGGCAUAAAUUGCUGUAAACUGGGUAAUGUGAUGAUGGCAGGGUUUUCAUAUGAAAUUUUCAAAUAAUUUCAACUGUGAAAUGUCACUUUUCAAAUUGUUAACAGGAUGUGUUUUUAUAAAGCAGCUCAGAAAUCCUAUGCAUUGUUUUUCCUAUAUGUCCAGCUAUUAAAAUUGCACUUGGCAGUUAAGGGAAAUAAAGGAUGUUUGGAAUUUUCAAAAUAUUUUAGUAUAUGAAACCUUAUUUUGUAACUUGUAAUUACUUAUCUAUAUCUCUGGUGUAUAAAUCUGUAUAUAAAGGCUGUUUAGAUGUAAUAUAUUCAUGUGCACAUUUAUUAAAUUAGAACUUUUUUAUUUACAAGUGUAGUUACUUUCAGAAGAAAUUGCAUUUAUGAAUCAGUUAACUAAAUAAUAAUAACUGAAAUAUUUCUCUCAAGUUCGCUCUUGCAUUUAGAAAUAGGUAGAGAAAAAUGGAAUAUGAGUUCUCAAAAUGUACUAAUUUUCAGAACUCAGCUUAGGGUUACAAAAAGUCCUCUGUCUUAAAAUUGAAAAGAUUGUAACUCUGGAAGGCAUGCAGCUGAAACUGAUAGCCACAUUUCACAGUGGCCUCAACAGACAACAAGAGUUCCAGGGAACCCUGCUGUGAGUUUCAUGCCGGAGGAGAACAAAGCAAAGGUCACAUUGAAGAAUAGAAGAUAAAAAAUUAGUAAACAGAAGGUGUGUGAAAGGUGGUGUUUGCUUGGGUGAGAGUAAAAUAAGGAGAAUUCCUGCAGUUGUGUCCUCCUGUGUAGAUUGAAUUUAUUUAGUCUUCUACACAGUAUAUUCAUUGAUUUUCUUGUUUAUUGAAUGCGCAACCUAGGCUAAAAGCAACAUUAAGACAGCAUCAUGAUGUGAAUUAAGGUUUUCACUUUUUGUUUCUACCAGUUAUUUUCUGCUAAAAAUAUUUUUCUUUAAGAGAAAAUAUUGUAAAAAUUAGAAUUGCUGUCUGUUUAAUAACCAUUUACUGUUUUGAAAAACAAAGAUGGUAGAGUUCAGAAGCAGGAUUGUGAACCAUGCCAGAGUCCAUUGUUAGAAGAACCUAAAAAAGAAUAAGUUGUCAUCAAAGAAUAUAAUACUUUCCUCCAUGUCUACAAUUUGUUAAGAAAAAAAAUCCAACAGCACAUUUGUAAGUGGUUGGUAUGCUGCAGUAUGCUUGGAGAUAAAAUGGGGAAUG